ACGGUAUAUUUUUAUUUCAGUACGCCUGCUAGCGGUUCCGUCAUUGGUGGCAGUGGAACCGGUGUUAAUGCGCCCGUUGUUGCGAUUGAUAGCAAAAUAGAACAAGCAAUGGAUUUGGUAAAAACUCAUCUUAUGUUUGCCGUUCGAGAAGAAGUUGAAGCUCUGAGGGCAAGAAUUAUGGAAUUGGAGUCAACCAUAAUACGAUUAGAAACAGAAAAUACAAUCCUUCGUGAACACAUUCCCGUGGAUAUGCUGAAAAAAUUAAGCAUGCAAGGGACAACAAAUUCCAUUUCAACAGCUGCUGCAGCUGCGAUUUAA